UGAAGAGGAGGGAGAGGUGCGGACGACGCAGGCAGGCAGACAGCUGACUGGGAGCCCUGGCCCUCCGCCUCUGACAGAAUGUGGGAGAGCAGGAAGUGAUGCGGGGGCUCCAUUCACUGCAGACAUGGAUACUCAACCCCUCAGGGUGGUAUGUUGAUCAAACAUCAGGUGAGACGGUGUCUGGCGCAAGAGGGAUUACUCUAAAACUGGGCACCCUCAACAUGGGCCAGUGUGUCACCAAGUGCAAGAACCCAUCUUCGACACUAGGCAGUAAAAAUGGUGAGAGGGAAUCCAGCAAGCAACCUAAAAGAAGUUCAAGCCACAAGGAGGAACACUUGGUUAGUGGGAAGGCAGCUGGAGACAUUCUUGUCAACGGAACAAAGAAAACCGAUGCCACAGUAGAAGGAAGUCAACAACAAGCACCUUCUGGUGACACCAAGAAAAAAGAGACUGGCAUGGGGGUGGAGAUGUCAUCUGUGCAGCGAAUCGAAGAAUUAUUUAAGAGAUACAAGGAUGAACGAGAAGAUGUCAUAUUAGAAGAAGGCAUGGAAAGAUUUUGCAAUGAUCUGUGUGUGGAUCCUACAGAAUUUAAAGUGUUAGUUCUGGCUUGGAAGUUUCAGGCCGCCACUAUGUGCAAGUUUACCAGGAAGGAGUUUUUCGAUGGCUGCAAAGCUAUCAAUGCAGAUAGCAUUGAGGGGAUUUGUAACAGGUUCCCUAGCCUGCUAAAUGAAGCUAAACAGGAGGACAAAUUUAAGGAUCUAUACCGCUUCACCUUUCAGUUUGGCCUGGACUCCGAAGAAGGUCAGAGGUCUCUUCACCGGGAAAUAGCCAUCGCCCUGUGGAGACUAGUGUUCACUCAAAACAAACCCCUCAUUUUGGACCAGUGGUUAGAUUUCCUAAUCGAGAACCCCUCAGGAAUCAAGGGAAUCUCCCGGGACACAUGGAACAUGUUCCUAAACUUUACUCAGGUGAUUGGACCAGACCUUAGCAAUUACAGUGAAGAUGAGGCCUGGCCUAGUCUCUUCGACACCUUUGUGGAAUGGGAAAUCGAACACCGGAGAAAGGAGAAGGAAACCAAAUGUAUUACAUUUUCAGGCACAGACGAUCUGAGUAUAGACAAACAAACUUAGCAACUUGAAAACCGCAAAAAAAAUUUAAAUAAAUGCAUUCUGGCCACCUUCAUUAAAUGUAAACUCUGAACCUUUUCUGGAAAUUUAAUGAAGAACUCAUAAUUUUUUUUUUCUUUGUUUUCUUAAUACACCUUUUUCUGCCUUCUAUUUGAAAGGGCUCUAAAUGCUGAUAACAUAUUUCAGGCACUUUCUUACCAUUUGGUUGGUUCUUUCUAACUAUAUUAUAUUUGUUUUUUAAAAUAUGGAAUUCCUCUUAAGGUGCCAGAAAGUGUUUUCAUCUUUAUAUUUCAGGUUUGCCUGGCACUAACAAACACAACUAGGCGCUUGGAAAGGGGAGGGAAGGGGUCUGGGUUUAAUGACCCGCGGGAGAAUUGUAUUUAAUUUAACCUUGUUGAUGUCAUUGGAAUUUGCAAAGCAAUGCAUUGUGGGACCUCUGGGUAAAAAGUAGCGAUGACCCGGCUCCUUAACACAUCAUGUGCCCUCUUUAAAUUUUACCUUUUUUAUGUUAAAUUAUUCACUGCUGGAGAUUUUCAAUAAUACGCUAGUCUUUGACAACUAGAAAGAGUAUAAAGUUCCAUCGUUGUGUAACUUUUCUUCCACUCUUAAUUACUGACCUUUGUUCCCCGACUAAUGAACCUUUUGUGAGAUUUUUCCAGCCUUGAACCCCCUUUGGUGCCAAAGGGGCUUGCAACAAAACUGUAUGUCUGUCUAUCUGGCAUGUAAAGGUUUUAAAAUAUGCAGCCCUUAAUGAGUGAGCCAGGGUCAUGUUUUUUAUCCUGUGUUUCAGGGUAGUUCCUUACUGUGUGUAGUGCUGUUUACAUUGUUGGGUUUUAAGAUUUGUAAUCGUUCAGUGGGGUUCAGAAGGGAACUCGUUUUCUCAGACGUUAUAUCAGAGCAUUAAACGUAUAUAUGUGCAUUUAGUUACAACGUGCAAGACUCCUGCAAAAAGAAAAGAAAAAACACCCUUGUUUAAAAAAAAAAAUUCACGCUUUUCAAGUAAACCUGUAAAAUAAUAUACCUUAUCCAAUUUGUGAAGUGGAAAUGAAGAACAACUGUCCCAGUUUAUAUUUU